AUGGCAUUGCCUGUGGUUCGCAGCCUCAUCGAGUGCGCCGAGUACAACAAUACGGUAGCACCAUACAUAUAUCAGCUUCAGCCCUUGCCACAGGUAUUCCUUCAAUCUGCAGCCAACAUUGCCGCCUUGAAACAACUCUAUCUCGAUACAAAUCCUCUCAUCUCCGCCAUCGCUUUCUCCAUAGCCAUUUCUCCCAUCUUUUUGGUGAUUUCAGAGAUCAACAAGAACUACUCGCAGGUCGAUCGCGUCUGGUCAAUACUACCGACAAUCUACAACGUUCAUUAUGCGGUGUAUGCACAUCUGGCUGGGAUUGAAACGACCAGGCUCAAUCUUGUUGCUGUCAUUAGUGCAAUCUGGAGUACGAGGUUGACCUACAAUUACUAUCGCAAAGGCGGCUACUCAAUCGGUAGCGAGGACUACCGUUGGGCCAUUGUCAAGAAGCAAGUUGGACCAGGAGUGUUCUUCCUGUUCAACAUUGUCUUCAUUUCUCUUGCCCAGUCACUUCUUUUGGCCAGUGUCACCAGUCCAAGUUAUGUGCUACUCCUUACUUCAAGGUUGGCUACCUACAGUUCCAACGUAUCGAACUUCAGCUUCGAAGACAUUGUCGCAUCUGCUGUCAUGCUGAGUGCAAUAGCCACAUCUUUCAUUGCCGAUCAACAACAGUGGAAUUACCAAAAUGCCAAGUCAGCUUAUCGACAAAAUGCAAAGGUACCGGCUGGAUAUGAGCAGGAAGAUUUAGACCGCGGCUUCCUCACCAAGGGAUUGUUUGCCUAUUCUCGCCACCCCAAUUUUGCUGCUGAGCAGACUGUCUGGGUGGUGCUCUACUUGUGGUCCUGUCUAGCGACGCGGACAUGGUACAAUUGGACCGGCAUUGGCGCCCUCUCGUAUCUGCUGCUCUUCCAGUCCAGCACCUGGCUUACCGAACUGUUAUCUGCACAGAAGUACCCGGAGUACAAGAUAUACCAGCAGAAGGUCGGGAAGUUUUUGCCUCUCCCAGGUUCAGGUCGUCCAGUCUUUCCAGGUCAAACAAAGCACGCCAGUGGUAACCAUAUCAAGGACGUCGAUGCAGUCCAGGCAAGACAAAGAUACGAUCUAAGAUGA